AUGGUCAUUCAGUCUGACAACACACAUCCAACACAGCAUUAUUACCCAUUGGAUCCCUCUGAAAUUCUUGCCAGACUUACAAUUGCUUUGGAUUCUAGCACUGAACUGCCCCCAGGAGACCUUAUGAUCAUGAAAUCAACUGUUACAGCAUGGGGAGGUCAAUUCACAAAAGACAGAUUACAAAUUCAAAAUGAAGAAGGGAGUGAAAAUUGUCUUGCCCAACUGACCCAGCAGGGCAGACAGGACAAAAACAGAAUGAACAAUAACACAUUGACUGCUCUUACCAACAAAAUUCAUCCCAAGGUCAACGGCAAACAGGUGUAUCUGGUUACCCCUCUGGAAAUGAGCUUACCCAGCCACAAAAUGUUUGUUAGAAGUUUAAAGCGAAUGGGGGCCGAUUUCUCCGACGCGCAAGCAGAGGAUCCAAGUUGGAAAGGGGAUCAUGAUGCAUCAAAUACAGUUCUGAGAACCGCACUUUCAGCCGCUGAUUUUGUGAUUUGUGAUUCUUGCUCAGGAUUGAAGUUUUGGCUGGCCUGGGAGUUGGAAAAACUCUUUGACUACCCUCUACCGCCUGGGAUGCUUCCAGGAUGGGAUCCUAGUAAAAAUGUGGUCUCAAUCACCAACCACACUGUCUUUUCUUGGACUUGGCUAAUUCCACUGAUUGAUACAAUGGGACUCAAGUAUAGUGGAUCAUUUGAACGUAGCGCAUCCCUUCUCUUGGCUGCAAACCAAAGUGGUAAAAAGGUAGAGUGUGCGUCUGAAUUGGGUAUUCCCACCAUCAAUUAUCUUUACCUCAAGGAUUUUUUCUGGAGUUGGUCAAAGUUGGAGGUCAAGUCAAUUCAUACAAGCUACCCCAAAGAUGGUGAUUUACUUCAGCCAACUUACAAGGCUGGUUACACAAUUGAGACCAUCCAGAGAUGGUCCCAAACAUCAGCUGCCAAAGAGGCAAGAAAAACUGUUUUGCAAGGAUAUCAUUGGUCUUGCAAUAUCACUCCCAAGGAUAAAAAGGUGACCAUCAGGGACAAAUUGGACCACAUCAAUCUAGAUGAGAUCCCUCAGCCCAAGCCUCUUUCCAAUCUUGCAAUGUCUGAGAAGCCUGUCCCCGAGAACAACACCAAACUCAAGAGACAACUUUUCAUGACACAUCUGACAACCAGAGUAGGAACCAAUGAUCUAGCCCCUUACCGUCAGGUGCUUCCACAAGAAAGACCACAAAGAGUCUUAACAAGUUUGAAAAAGAAAACAGAAACUUACCAGCCCCAUCUGCUCCCUCCAAACCAGGGCCUCCUCACUCUUCUGAAGGCAUGCCUGACCCCAAUCAGAGCGUUGGUCCUGAUGGCCAACUUGUUCCUAGUGCUAUUAAACCAACCAAUUGCUCCAGCAGAAGUUCUGAAAUGGUUUCUUGACCACUUGAGCAAUGAAAAGAGUUCAAACAAACAGGAUAGGGAUGCUUCCAGGAAUCAUGAACUGCCAGACAAAAUCAAUGCUGAAGAUCUCUCACUUGAUGAUAUCACCAAAAGUAAUGCCUCCAAGGCCAUGGCCGAUGCCCCCAAAUUGGUCAACGGCAAGGACACUAGCAAUGGAUCAUGUACAUCUCAUACAAAGAAAGUGCCCCAAAGACCUCUCUCUGACACCCCAAAUCAAGCAAGAAGUGCUUCUCAGGCCAUCAGGCGUGCUUUGACACAAACAACAGCAAAGAAUACCACAGCUAAGGUGGCAGAUUGCGCUGCGGACAUGCUCUGA